AACUCCAACAUUAGUAAUGUUUAGUGGAAAGUGGAAACCAAAGAGGUGAAGUGCGGCUUUUUUAGCAUUGCAGGACGAUGGAUUCCACAACACAUACAUUUUAUCCCAUACAUGGAAUGGAUUCCAGAAAGCAUUUGGAUGCAUAUUACUCAAAUAAGGAGGACAUGGUAUUUGCAGAGGAUUCUUUAAAAUUUCCAAUGGCCAAUCUUCACUAUCAGCUCAGCAGUGGUCGAGUUGAGGGUACAUUAUUGAUUGACAUCAGUGUUGGUUCCUUCAUUCACCAUCUCUAUUCUGCGUCCAAUUCCUUUAAAAAAAUAGUCAUAUUAAAAUUCCGAGAGAAAUGUAUUAUGGAAAUGAGCAGAUGGCUACAUGACCGUACCGGAGCAUAUGAUUGGUCGCAUACAUCAUCAGCCGCAGCUGAGUUAGAGGGAACGAGAGAUCAACUUCAGGAGAAAGAAAUGCGCCUAAGGUCGUCCAUCAUGCAGAUUUUAAAAUAUGAUUUUGAACAGGAAAACAUAACUUCCCCGGUGCUACUACCACUUGCUGAUUGUAUUAUCAGUGCAUGGUUGCUGGAAGCUAUUAGUCAAAGUGAAGAUGAAUACAUGAAGAAUCUGGAAAAGGUCUCAAAGCUGCUAAAACCCGGAGGGCAUCUGUUACUUAUCGGUACAUUGGAUGCAACUUACGUGGUUGUUGGGGAGGAACGGCUGCAUUGUUUUAAAUAUAACGAGGACUUUGUGAAAAACAUCCUCGGUAAGCUGGAUUUUGUCAUUGAUUACUGUGCAGUGCAGAGGAGACGCAAUGUCAGCGAUCUCACUGAUUAUAACGCUAUUAUAUUCGUUGUAGCACGAAAAGGACCGUAGAUGAUUGGAGCUGUCAGCAUUCAUUCUCAGCGUGUAAGCCCUGGUUCACACUGCCAUGAAUUUUCAUGCAACUUAAGAGUUCAAAGUCCCAUGACAAGUCGCACCCCAUUAAUGGCAACCGUUCUAAUCAGUGCGAUUUUAAAGCCGCGGCAAUGUGAACAAGGGCUAAAUAUUACAAAGAAUCUACAGGCAACAAAUAGAAUUAAUCAAUGACCUACUGAUGGCAGUCAGGAAUCACAGCAGCUGUGCUAUAGUCAGCAAUACUAUUUUGCAACUAUUUGUGUUAAAUUGUGUUACCAAAUCGUGCUAUCUUAAUAAAGAUUAUUCAGAAUAUAAACGUGUGAUGACUUGUCUUG